CCAAGGAGACGGCCACUUCUUCCCCCUGAAGAGCCUGAGUGAGUCCUCAACCUCUCUAUUAGCCAAUGAGGAGAAAUGGGAUGAGGAAGAGGAGUCAGAGGACGACAACAUAGGUGGUGACAGGGACCCCUCUGUUACCGUAGAGAUGGACGAAGAGGAGCAGGAUCACGUUAUGGACUUUAUAAACGGUGCAGUGGGAGUCGUACCCUGAGGAGGAAGACGAACCUACCCUGUGGAGGAAGACAAACUGUGGGACCAUCAGACACACGGAAGAACUCGACGUGCAGCCAAAACGUUUUUAGACAUCAUCUCGAUAUCAUGUAUAGUUUUCAGUUCACCAUGGAGGAAGGACAAUGUUAGGGGAACAGAAGUCAACCAGUACUAUCCAGUAUAUCACAUUACACGGUUGUUUUAAGAGAAAUACCAUGUCUAGCACUGUCUCCUUACUUCUGUUGUCUCCCUACCUCUCUGUAUUUUUGUGUAUCUUAUAUAGUACUAGGCUGCUAGCUAGCUUUUCAUUUCUCGCCUGUUUUUUUGCCUGUAUUUUGUAAAUGUAAAUAGCUUUGUGAUUUACAUCUUUAAAUGAAAAGAGUUCUACAAAUGUAAUGUAUUAUCAUUAUUCCGUAUGCAGGGUCCUUAAGGCCCAAUCAGAAUGGAGAAAGCCCAUUAAAACCACAUGUAUUUGUUGCCAUCCUAGGGCCA